AUGGUAGUGAUAGUUUGCUUUCUUUCCACACACUACUCAGCCCGACCGUCCAUUCAAGCCCAGCCUGAUACACCAGAGUCACGGAUGUGGAUGAUGGUACAAGCACAGAAAUUACAAAUAGAUCAACUCGAUCAAAAAAUAAAUAACCUCCAAGCGCAACUAUCAAAAUAUUCAAUGCCUGUAUCAAUACGGAAACAAGUCCAGCGGGAUACUUCCGAAGGAAAGCAAAUUCCACAGCCUGUGUUGACAAAAAAACAGCUUCAACUGUUUGAGUCUUACAAUAAAAUACCUGUAAAAUUGUAUGUCAACAACUUAAGAGACAGAACAUGGACCCUGCGUCCAGAGUUAUGUCAAAACCUAACAGGCUUUCAAUCUGCCAAACUCCACACUGUGUCCGGCGUGAUGGAUGUGUAUAUUCAUGACCCGAAAGACGAUAAGUGGGUAAGUGGUUCAUUGGCCAACGGCCACGUAUGGGAAUCCGGUCUUGUAAAUUUAGUUUUAACGUCUCUGAAGAAAGGUAAACAUACAACAUUCAUAGAUAUUGGAGCAAACCUCGGAAUAUAUUCGUUAUUUGCUGCUAAAAAUGGAUUUAAAGUGAUAUCAAUAGAACCCUUAAAAAUUAACGUCCAGCGGAUGUGUUCAUCUCUCCGCGCAGGCCACCUCACGGACAAGGUAACGAUUGUCCGUGGAGCACUUUCCGACGUAUCCCAGAAUGUCUCCUUAGGAAUCGACGUAAAUAAUGUUGGAGGAUCAUUUGUUCUUCAGGACAGAAAUAAGAAUAAGGUCAAGGACAGUAAAGUUGGAGGGCAGUAUUCAGACAUUGUCAUGUCAACUACACUGGACAAUAUAUUACAACUUCCCGGAUUAAAUCUGACACGUGCUGUCAUAAAAAUGGACGUUGAAGGAUACGAACACAAAGUUGUUCGAGGUGGCACGGAAUUCUUUGACAGCGUGAUAAUACCGACUGUUUUAAUGGAGUGGGCGUUCCAUAAAGGUGCUGACAGUGGUACGGAAAUAAUACAUUUCUUUGAAACUAGAAACUACACUGCCUAUGACCCAUUAACCAACAUUUAUUUACAUUCUAAAUCUUCAAACACUUGGCCACCUGAAAUUAUUUGGAGGAAGAAAGUUUAG